AGAGCGACGGAAGUGGUCGCCGGAAGGGGGUAGGCGUGGCCUGGAGUAUCCAGUGACUGGAGGUCGGUACAGGAAGUGGGCGGUACCCACUCAAAGGCUUGCCCAAUGAAAAUCACUAACGCCAGACACACGAGCAGCGCCGGGGCCAAGGGGACGAUGGAGAAUUUCACGGCGCUGUUCGGAGCUCAAGCUGACCCACCACCGCCCCCAACGGCACUCAAUUUCGGACCAGGAAAACCUCCACCCCCACCUCCCCCUCCCCCGGGCGGGGGGCCCGGCACGACCGCCCCCCCUACCGCGGCCACGGCUCCCCCAGGUGCGGACAAGUCCGCGGCCGGCUGUGGCCCCUUCUACCUAAUGAGGGAACUACCCGCAGGCAGCACGGAGCUCACAGGCAGCACCAAUCUGAUCACACACUACAACCUGGAGCAGGCCUACAACAAGUUCUGCGGGAAGAAGGUCAAGGAGAAGCUGAGCAACUUCCUGCCCGACCUUCCCGGGAUGAUUGACCUGCCCGGUUCCCAUGACAACAGCAGCCUCCGCUCCCUCAUCGAGAAGCCCCCUAUCCUGGGUGGCUCCUUCAAUCCCAUCACCGGGACCAUGCUGUCCGGCUUCCGGCUGCACACCGGCCCGCUGCCGGAGCAGUGCCGCCUCAUGCACAUCCAGCCCCCCCGGAAGAAUAAGCACAAGCACAAGCAGAGCCGCACCCAGGAUCCGGUGCCCCCAGAAACACCUUCAGACUCGGACCACAAGAAGAAGAAAAAGAAGAAGGAAGAGGACCCUGAACGGAAGAGGAAGAAGAAAGAGAAGAAGAAGAAGAAGAGCCGGCACAGCCCUGACCACCCCGGUAUGGGCAGCUCCCAGGCCAGCAGCAGCAGCAGCCUCCGCUAGCGGGCCCGUCGGGACAGCCCUUCCUGCCGCGCAGACCUGCUGUGGGGCAGCACAGGCCCAGAAGGAACUGCUGUGCUUCUGUGGGCCGCGCCCAGCCGCUUCCUCCUGGACCUCUCUUCCCCUCCUGGAAGUAUUCUGUGGCUCUUACCUAUGUGCAAUUUGUCUGAUUUCAGGACUUGAUUUCUUAGGGUUUUUCACUUUAAAAAACUGAAUCAUCAAACUGGCUGAAGUGUGGCUGCCUGUUGAGAGGUGAGUCAGGAUGUGACGCGCACGCCUGAAACCCCGGCCCUGGGAGACCGAGGCCAGCCUGGCAGUGUAGAGACAGCAAAACCAUCUCCAGAUACAAAAUGCUUAGAGCCGGGGAUUUAGCUCAGCGGUUCGGGGGCCUGCCUCGCAAGCGCAAGGGCCAGAGUUUGGAUCCCUGGUACCAAACAAAACUAAAAUCCCAAAAUGUUUACUUAGAAAGGGCCGGGGAUGGAGCUCAGUGUGACGGCCCUAGGUUCACUAUCCGGUACUGCAAAGAAAAAAGCGCUAAGUGCCUUUCUUCCAGGGUCAGGGUUGAAGGCGGAGCUGCUCAGCUGGAGCUGGGUCUCAGCAGUGCAUUCUGAGCCACAGCCAGGUGCGCUUGCUCCUUUCCCAGCAGACACCCACACCCUGCCCCAGCUGACCCCAGCCACACAUUCCAGGUCAUGUCUGUGCAGAAACAGCCCCCCGCAGGAAAGCACUGCCUCCGGGUACUUCAGCAGGAGCAAAGGCAGCCAGAAGCCUGUGACUUGGACAUGAGCCCCUGGCAGGCAGCGGCACCUGCUGCUUCUCCUAGGCCUUUUAGCGACCUCGUUCCUUGGUUAGGGCAAAACCGGCAGCAGGACAGACUGAACCCUGUCUUGGUAGCGGUCUGGGUAACGGAAAGCGCCGGCCGGCGUGACCACUGGAACCAAGGCAGCCUAACCAGAAGCCAUGCGUGGCACACAUCGGCCUGACUUCCUCUCGCUCCCUCCCGGCUCCAGAGCGGGAGUGUUCACACACUGCUCCCCUGACCCCCAUCGGGGCACGGUUACUGCUGCGCCUCACUUGGGAAGGCAGAGCAGGUGGCCCGGAGACCUGGCGUGGUGCCCUUCCCGAGUCAGGGCCCCUCCUCCUUUUGCUGAACACGGGACAGUGGGGCAAGCGCACCCUUGGCCGCCACAAAGGGCCACAAGUCAAGAGGUCUCUAAGCUUAGCAGUGUGAUAAGGUCUGGUUGCUGCACUUCACCAGGGUUGUUUUUGGGGUUUUUUUUUUUUUUUUCCCUCAAUAAUGGGGAUCAAAGCCAGGGCCUCAAGCAUAGCAGGAAGUACCCACCCUACCGCGAAGUUUUU